CAGAAGGUCUAUCAACCUGUGAUUAUUCGCUUGCUUGUUGUGUCGAUAACACGGCGUGUUCUGGACAUCCCAGCGAUUAUGGUACUGCGAUAGCCUGAGAAGCUACUCUCACACCUCUCGAAGCAGCUGGGCUUCCCAUACACUGUGCGUACUUGCUGUGCUUUGGCAGCUCGCUUCAGCACCGAAGCGCAGAUAAUGUGGGUAAGCUCGGGGCUGAUUCUGUAGACCUCUUGGAGGAGACCUCGAUCGUUUUCUUCAAGGCUACGAAGGCCCCACAUCCAUGAGGCAUGAAUUCUACUAUAAAUUCAGCUUGUCCAUGCGUAUUUCCAUUGAAAUCGUGCGGCUCACCUCUCGCCGCAGCUUUACGAUGUAUCUCAGCAUUCUAUUCCUCAUUUACGUUUUAUACGUACUUCAUAUUUCGCGUGCCGCCCGCGUCAUUGUCAACACAGACGUUGCCCCAGGGAUGGCUGUUCCCGCUGCUGACACUCAGGAUGGAAGACUGUGGAUAACAGCCAUCCUCGACGAAAUAAUCCCAAGCAGAGUCCGUGCUGAUGGUCGGCAUACGGUAGAUGCUCGAAUGACGCCCCUCGUUGGUGCUCUUUGGCAAACAGGCGUUCAUCAAGAAGUAUCACCUAGCCGAGCAGGCAACAACAGGGCAAACGAACCGGAACCGACACCAGCCGCUGUUUCUUUUUGGAAGACCGAGGGAAUAGCUUCAAAACUGUCGGCUGUUCAACAUGCUGAGGGACCUGUACCUACGCACGUCUUUGGAUUGCUAUUACAAACCGCAGUCCACGAGAGGAUUUACGAUUCUUGAGGCAAGCAGUAUAACGCCGCAACAUGUUGGUCGAUACAUGCCCUUGCACAACAGACUGACAACGAUCGAAUCGCAGCAGUUGAAAAGCAGUUUUGAAGCAACGCGGGACUCGGGAGGGUUGUAGAGUUGAAGAUUCAAGAAAUUACAAGUCGUUACCACUUUGAAGCGCUGA